UCUGCCGUUGCUUUUUUCAGUUUGCCGAAAUGAAGUCUGUGAGGAUUUUGUGCGUCUGUCUCCUGACUGUAUCUGCAGUUAUAGGAAAUGAAAAGUGUCCAGGAGUCACAGUAGUUAUCUCAGAAGAAAGUGAUGUCAUCUUACCCUGCUCCCUCAGGACCAAUCAGAACCUUGAACAAAAGCUGUUUGAUUGGAGGAAAAAAGCACCAAAUAAACAGGAGGUGUUCAUGUAUGAUGGAGGCCUUCAUUACAAUAAUGGACGUCGAGGUCAAGACGAGCACUUCAGAGGACGGGUCUCACAUUUUCCACAAGAGCUGCAGUUUGGUAACGCCUCCAUCAUCAUCAUCAGAAACACCACGGUGGCUGACAGUGGAGUCUACACCUGUGAUUUUCCACAUCUGCAGCCACAACAAAGAUUCUGCAUUAAACUUGUUGUUGAACUGACCUUGAAAGAUCGAUCAGGAGAAAUCCCAGGUGCAGCUCCGAAGCCGUUUGUUGGGAUCCUGAACAUCAGCGAGGACGAGGCGCUGCUGAAGUGUGAGGUCAGAGGUGCUUCUCCAAAGCCUAAAGUAGAGUGGAGGGACAGCGAUGGGAACAUCCUUCCUGCUGAGGAGCCACAGGUGUCACACACAGGAGAGCGCUAUGACAUCACCCUCCUCACCACGGUGACCAGGACAAACAGCAGCCUCUUCCACUGUGUAGCCACACAGGAGGAGAUGGGCCAUGUGACCCGUGAUCAGAUCGACGUGCGUUACUGUGAGAAAACGUCUGAGGUGAAGUCCUGCUGUGGAGUCGGUGUGUUCAUAGCUUUGUGGUUUUCUGGAGUUCUGACUGUGGCUGCAGCUCUGGCUGCAUCUGUAGCUGCAAAGUGCAUCAGAAAACACAAGAAAGCUUCUCAGAGAAACCAGAGAGACGAUCCUUCUAAGAAAGCUUGUAACGGUGACACUGAGCUGCCACUUCACUCACAAACCGUUUAACAUCACAGCUGUAGUGUGUUUGUGUGGCGGGGGG